GGGAGUCAAUGGGACAAGACGCAGCCAACAGGCGAAAGGUCGAUGUGACGUCACGGUGGAACAGCCGCCCCCCUCUCUCUGCGUGCAUUCACUAUGAGUUGUCAUGACAACCGCCCACCGAACGUUCCAUGAAGAGUCUGGUUGGUACUGAGCCGCGACGUCAGCGCUGUGUGACAGGUGACGCGUGGGUCGUGUCGUGCUGCCCUGGCUCCCCAGCCCUGAACAUGGAGGAGGAGGAAGGGGAGUCACGGUCACUGGAAGACGAGGUGGACGGGGGUCAGUACCCAGCAUGGCAGGGUCAGGGAGAUGGGGAGGAGGAGAGGAGACGGAGAGCUGUCCAGAGACCGUCAGUCCUGGACAUACAGGUGUGUAUGUACCUGUGUAUAUCCCCUGCCAUUAUAGGUAUCCCACUAGUGUACCUUGACACCAAUGGAUCAUAUUGUCAAGACAAAAAGCGAGCAAAAAUACAUGAUUGAUCCAUUCUGACAUGGACCAGUCACCAGUCAUGUGUGACUUUAAAUGUCCUGCUUUGUUAUAUGAUUAUUUCAUUCAUAUAUAAUUAUUCAUAAUUAUGUGAAUUGUUGUAGAUGUCAUAUUUUAGGCCAAAAUACCAAAUUGAAAAAGAUUAAAUAUUGAAAUUCAUCUGUGUUUUCAGUUCAGCUUCCCCUUAUCCCCCCACUACCCCUCCUCCUGGUAUUUAAAAUUCUGUUUGAUUCACUUUGAUAUUAACAUGUUUGGGGUUUAUUCACAACACAUCUAAAUUGUUUGCUGGUGUAUAACCAAAUGGCACAUUUUAGGGUAAAAAAAAGACAAACUGAGUUGGCUACAGCUGAGUUGGCUAAUUUUUCCAGGUCAACUGUUAUUGAUUUAAAUGUUGCUUAUUUAAAUUCACUAUGGUGUAGAGUUUGCUGCAAAAACAUUUUCCUUAGCUAGUAAUCAAAAGACAAUUUUCACAGGAUAUACGUUCCAUUUAUUUAUUUGUCUCUGUGAUUCCAUCUGAGGAGUUCCUGACUGUCCUCAAUUGCUCAGUGUAUGUACAUACCUUAUAAAUACAUAACAGAUGACAGAGCCUAAUAUGGUUUGAUCCAAAGAGAGCCUUGGAUUAUUACAGGCAGAGACAUGCAUUAUUCUUAUAAAGUGAUCAUUCAGGGCCUGUUUUAAUACAUACUGGAUAUUCUUUAUAAAAAUAAAAAUUUGGGUGAAAAAAAAUAAUUAUCAUUGUAUCUCUUUGAUUUAUUUAUAUGUAAUGUAUGUGGAAAAUGUUACAUGCACUUAAAUGUAUGCACAGUUGCAGUAAGUAUAUGAGUAAUGAAUCAAUUUAAGUCAGUUAUUUGCUUUUUUAUUAUUUAAAUUUUUAUUGAGACAUUAAGAGUAAUACAAUCCAAUGAGAGCAAGUAUACAUCGGAACAACACGUAGCUAUUUGCCGUUUUAAUAGUAUUUCAAUUAUUUUAUGCAGUGUAAUUCACAUAUGACAAUUCUUCUGUUAUUAAUUGUGGCGGAACCAACCUCGCCACUGUUCACUGGAGAGGCCUGGUUGCUCGCCUGCUCCCUUUAGACUAUGGUCCUGCAUUUUAAACUUGUAUUUUACCUGCAGAAAGGUUUAUUCGUGUCUUUCUGCGGACUGUUAAAGCCAUGCUACCCCAGAUAGCUAUGCCAUGGAGCCUAGCCGUAUAUUGACUGUAUGAAAGACUUUGGCUCCAUGGCGAUUGAACUGUAUGUAUGUGAUCUGAGCACCAUCCGGUAAUAAUGUGCGCUCAGAUCUAAGCUAUCUGGGGAUAGGUAGAAUGUGUAUGUUCUAUGUGAUAAAUGUAACCGUAUGUAUUUUUAUGUCUUUUAUUGUCCUUUGUCUGCCAUGUGUUCAAUGAAGUUUUGCCUCUGUCCUGGAGAUAAUUGGAUUACUUCCCAAUUAUCUCCAGGAUAGAAGACUCUGUGGAACUGGUUGUGGGCAGAAAAGCCAUGCUGCAUUUGGUCAAAUAGGACUUUUCCUUAACUUUUUAACCCCCGGAUGGAAUUGGCUGAAUUUUGGUUAUGUUUAUAUUUAAAGUAUGCUGAUUCUGUGUUUUAUGUGAAUAUGAUGCAUAUUUUUAAAGUUACAGUGUAUGUAUAAAAAGUGUAUUUUUCCUGCCUGUGAUAAAUUACAUUAACCCAUUGUGUUCAGUAAUUAUAUCACAGGCAGAGGGGAGGGAUGUAUGCUUGUGCUGGGUGUGUGUGGCGGAACCAACCUCGCCACUGUCCACUGGAGAGGCCUGGUUGCUCGCCUGCUCCCUUUAGACUAUGGUCCUGCAUUUUAAACUUUUAUUUUACCGGCAGAAAGGUUUAUUCGUGCCUUUCUGCGGACUGUUAAAGCCAUGCUACCCCAGAUAGCUAUGCCAUGGAGCCCAGGCGUAUACUGAAAGACUGUAUGAAAGACUUUGGCUCUAUGGCGAUUGAACUGUAUUUAUGUGAUCUGAGCGCCAUUCGGUAGUAAUGUGCACUCAGAUCUAAGCUAUCUGGGGAUAUGUAGAAUGUCUAUGUUUUAUGGAAUAAAUGUAACUGUAUGUAAUUUUAUGGCUUUUAUUGUCCUUUGUCUGCCAUGUGGUUAAUAGAGUCUUGCCUCUGUCAUGGGAGAUAAUUUGGUUACUUCACAAUUAUCUCCUGGACAGAGAGGAGGGAUUGUGAUGUAAAUGUGGGUGUGUUUUAUGGUUCUCCUGUAAACAAUUGGUUGUACUGUGACCCACCCUGUGGGAUGUCCCCUUGCAUGGGGACUUGCAUAAAAGCCAGUGUGUGGCCAUUACAAGAGAGUUCCUGCUUAACCCUCAAAGUGAAGUGUCAUCUCAUUAUUGGGGGAGGAUUUACUGUAUGCUGUUAGAGACUGAUUGCCAGGAGUGUAAGCCGCUUGGGGGCUUUUCCUGUUCGUCUACUAGCAGCUAUUCGUGUGUAUGCAGUUUGGGAGUUUCGAGUAUUCCCUUGGUUGCAGUUCGGGAAUUGGUGAAUUCGUGGGUUUGCAGUUCAGGAGAUUGGUGCUUGCAGUAGCUGUCUGUGCAUCUGAAAGGGGAAGAUCGCCUAAACGGUUUUUAACCUCUUGUGGGCAAAACGGUCCGUUACAGUGUGUUUUACAGUUCUCCUGUAAACGAUUGGUUGUACUGUGUCCCACCCUGUGGGAUGUCCCCUUGCAUGGGGACUUGCAUAAAAGCCAGUGUGUGGCCAUUACAGAGAGUUCCUGCUUAGCCCUCAAAGUGAAGUGUCGUCUCAUUAUUGGGGGAGGAUUUAUUGUAUGCUGUUCCAGUUUGACUGCUAGUAGUGUAAACCUAUUUGCAUGGUUUUUCCUAUUCGGCUGUAUACAACAUUCAAAUGCUUAGAAGUACUCAUAUGCUUCUCCGGUUCGGUGAUUGUGGUGUCUGCCAGAGUGCUUGGAGUCCUCAGGAAACGCUAGGAGCAUCCUUUAACGGAGGUACCCAGUCGGGGUGCCAGGUGAUCCGUUACAUUAAUAUUAUACAUUUUAAGUGCCAGGGUAUUCCACAACAGUGGACAAUUGGUAUACAAAGUAUGCACGUUAUUGUUUGUAAACCAUAAGAUAAUUUAAAUGUAAACAUACAAGCAGGUUUAUUAACUGAUAUGUGAAUUGUCAGAAAUUCAAUGUAGAAAAAUCUUCCAAGUACCCAUGCUUUCAAUUUCUUUAUGACAAUAAAGAAGAUUGUACUCGGGCACCUCUCCCAGUGGACUACUGUGGAUGCAGUGCCAAACGAACCCUGCUUCUGGCCCUUUUUCCUGCAAUAUUAAGUAAUAAUAACGACACAGCGACUCCAUUACCAUUUAAGUGGCCAUUCUUUAAUCCAUCACAGAAGUGGACAUGGGAUAAUUCUGACCUACGCAGUCUUCCUUAAUGUUUUCUAUUUUGGCUACGUUGGCCUAAAACUUGAGAUUCUUGGAAAUCUCUACUUUAGUGAAUAAUCUUGUUAGAUGUUCAUGAGGCCUGAGCAGGUAUCAACCUUUAUUUGUAUGUGAUUAUGGGUUACCUAAGUCAAAAGUGCAAUCCAGACGUGGGACUCAUUGCAUUGUGUGUCGAGAGGUUACAUCUCCCUAACUGAUUUCAAAAAGGAUAAACUGUCACAUGCUGCCAUUCAGUUCUGGGGUUUCCUUAUACGUGGGAUCAGACUGCAAAUGUAAAUUGUAUAGGUUACCGUUUGUGUUGGUACACAUGAGUUAAAAUGUGUUUGAGACCUGAGAGAGGCAUAACUGAGGGGGAAGCUGCUAUGUUUCUGUUCAAUGUUCUCUCAAAUUCUGUUUUGGAUUUAUACCAGAACUCUCACUUCUUUGGAAGUUGCACUUCCUUUUACUUCCUCAUACUGUCACCCAAUUAAAUGCUACUGAAGCAUUUAAAGCAUGAGUAGUGUAGCUAAGUAAAAAAUGCAAUUUGGGUGUAGGGUAGCAUCAUCUACCUAUGAUGCUUCAGGUGGGCUUUUUCCCACUCUACAGAGCAAUACAAUGAGUGCAUGGCAAAUUCUCUAAAGUAAUUGGCUUUGAAGGAGGAGUAUAAUCAAAUCAGUCUUAGAUAAGUCUUGUAGAUAAGAGCUAAGGGGUUCAACAAAGCAUAAAUGUAGGUUGUUGUUGGUAGAGCAAAGGGGCAGGGAUGGGACGUGCAUGUCCAUUAGCAUGAAUAUGUACAUUGAGGUUCAAUUUUAGAAUGUAGUAAACCUUAUAGUAUGCAGUUUACAAAGUGCAGUUUGAUCCUUAAGCGUGUAGGAAUUUGAAUACAAUGAUUGACAAUUUGUUGAUGUGUGAGAAGCCUUGCAGCUGCUUUCAUUAUGCAUUGUAAUCUAGGACAAUAUAGGCCUACUUAAAACAGAGGAAGAGUGGAUUGCAGUGUUGUAGGCAAGAGACAGUGAGGGGAUUGAAAGAAAGGUUGAAGUAAAAAAGAUCUCCAUGGCAGAGAGUUGCAGGAGUAGGGUCGAUGGUAGCACUCUUGACCUAAAUGGAAAUUAAUGAAGGGUUUGCAUUUUAGGGAGGUAACAGAAGAAUUUCUGUUUUUGUUAUUAUUAUAAUUUAUAUUAAAGAGACACUUUAAGCACCAUAACCAUUACAGCUUAAUGUAGUGGUGUGACAACCAAUGGGACUGUGUUUGGUUCUGGAACGCAGAUGCAGUAAAAUAGCUCUCCCUUACAAACAUGACCUACAGGUAAACCUGAGGAUGAGAACAGGAUUCUGUCAGCUCAGUGAUGGCCCGGGGCUCUUGCAUUUUUACUAGCAUUAUUAUUUAGUUGGCUUUGGCCUGCCUAUAUGAAGGCAAGGUAUCCGAACAGGGGUGAGGCAGAAAGCAGAGUUAGAUGGUCCAUAGGUCAGGGCAGGCAACAAGAUCAGGAAGUGAGCCAAAGUAAAGAAACUAUGGGAUACACUGGAACAAUAAUGCUAGGAGGUUUGAGACAGGCUACAAAACAACCAAGUACUUACUGGUGGAUAUGCUUUGCAUUUAAAGAACUGCUAGAUCACAUGGCUGGAUCUCUCUUGAAGACCACAGACCAACCAGGUGUGUACUGGCUGUGAAUGUGACAAGUGGCUCUGGUGCAUAGAGACAUUUAAUGUCUUCAUGUUGAGGUGCAUGGAAUCAAUGCAUCUCUGGAGGAAAUGCUGAUUGUCAGUAUAGUAAUUGCUGCAUGUGCGCUCUAGCCCCCAGUACUUCACAAUGGGUUUGGCUGAGAUCAUCAGCAAGGGAAGACGACUUUAUCAUAAAAUCCAUAAUAUAAUAUGCGUUCAUCUCUCUUUAAUAUUCUUAGCAGCUACAAAAAGAUUUAUAUAUGCAAGUCACAAAAGAAAAACAAAACUUGAAAAUUGCAUCACAUUAACGCCCGAUUAGAAUGUUCCAUAAGGCCUAAUAGCAAUGUCUUUGUAACCAGCACCUCUUUCUUUGCGUCUUUUAAAUAAGCUGCUUUGCAAUUCUUGUUUUGUAUUUGUUUUCCACCGUUAUUUGCAAUUUCCUUUGCACAUUGUGUCCUCCCAUUCUCUUAUACCUGUUAAUAUUUCAAAUGUACAAAGAAGGACACUUUAAUUUUAGGGUGUGAGUGAAGGUGUGCCUAAAGGCGUAGGUGUUUUGAGAAAAUGUAGGUGACUUGCUAAUAACGUUUUAUACAACUAAAGUGUAAUUUAGAACUAGAUUAAUGAAUCUCAUUUACACAGACUGAUUUCUAAAUAGAUUUAUAGUAGUAACCCUCUCCUAAUUGGUCUUCCCAAAAGCCGUAUUGCCCCGUUACAGUCUGUAAUUAAUGCUGCCAGAUUGAUUUUCCUCUCCAGUCAGUCCUUUCACACCUGAUCCCUCUGUUAGCCCGUACAUUGGCUUCCUGGAUCCUAUUCGAGUCCAAUUAAAGUACUAACCCAUACCUAUCAAGCAUUAAACAUUUCUAGCCCCUCUUAUAUCUCUUCACAGAUACAUAGGUAUACCUCUUCUCGGUCUCUCCGCUCUGCCCAUGACCUUCUCCUGUCCACUGUUUGCACCCCUAUGGCCAACUCACGAGCUCCCUUCCUAUGGAAUAGCCUGUCUAUCGCCAUCAGACUCUCCCCUAGUCUUCAAUCGUUUAAAAAGUGCCUUAAAACCCAUCUCUUUAGGAAAGCUUAUGGCCUCCCAGAGUAACCUCUACCUCACAUACCUGUCUCUUGCUGUCUCCUCCAGCUCUGCUUCACCCAUGUUAUUUGAUUACUAUCUCCUGUCCUAUUGUGUUUUAUUCCCCGCCUCUUAUAGACUGUAAGCUUGUUUGAGUACGGUCCUCUUCAACCUAUUCCUGUAAGGUUUCUUCUAAUUGUCCUUUUUAUAGUUAAAUCCCCCCUCUUAUAUUGUAAAGCACUACGGAAUCUGUUGGUGCUUUAUAAAUGGCAAUAAUAAUAAUAAUAAUAUUAAUAGUUUAAAGACAUAUUACUGUGAGUAUUAUUGCUGAGUAGCUCUGUUAUACAUUCAGACACACUUACAAUAUAGAGGAUUUAGAAAAAAAAAGGAUAUUAUGAUAGAAAAAAGGGACAGAAGGAUUUGGGCCCAAAAUAUGGACCUUUGCAUCUAAAUAGGGACACUUGAGAGGUAGGUUCUCUAGCUUUCCUCUCCUGUGAUUACAUCAUGGCAGCCAUCACAGGUCUAACAGGUAACACUAUUGCCUAUUUUCAGUUGCCAUUUUGAUUUUGGGAAGAUUGCGUCCCAGCAAUUGUGGAUGUCUUGGCAUCCAGGAAAGUAAGAGAUAGUGCUGAUUGAUUCUCCUGUUGCUGAGAAGAAUCCCGAGUCAAUCCCAGAAAGUUUUACUUUAGAUCUUCUAUGGACCGAAAUACCCACACAUAUAUAUAUAUAUUGUUGGGAUGCUCAAUGGAAGCAAAGUGACCCUCUAUUACUGUAUCCCCAAGGUGAACUUAUCUUUUACCUCAAUGAUAUCAAGUUCCCAAGGUCGGUAGAGUGGCUUCUGAUGGAUAACAUUGCUAAAUACAGUAUGCUUAGAGUGUGCAAGCUAUUGAAAAGUCCACUAAAAAGAUAAGUCUAAUAGCACUUAAAAAAUUUUAAAGUUGGAAAAAUGUGUUAAAAUCAGCUGCUGCUUACAAAAAUAGGAUACCCACCACCCACUUAUACUGGUAAAAAUGCCAACAGUUUUGUCAAAUACAAACUAGCAAAGUAUGCUGUGCUAAAAUAAUUAAUUAAAAAAUUAUCACAUACAGUGUUGUAACAAUAAAUAGAUUUUCACGGUACAAAGCAUGUAUAAAAAUAAAUAUACCUACAAAUUGACGAAUGCAACAAUAUAUCAGUUCAUGAAGUCCACCAUAAGCACAUGCUACACCAGCUUUUACAGAUGAUCCACACUGUUGCCUUUGAGAUACAGAAUUUUGCCCAGUUUCUUGGAAUAAGUAUCAAAGUUAAAAAAAAUAUAUAUAUAUAUUUUUGUAGGACUUCAUAAAAUUACUCCCCCUAUAAUACAGGUUGUGCUUAAUUGAAAAAAAUAGAAUUUUUGUUUCAUUCACUGUGGGCAUCAAAAAGUGGACAAUCUCCACAUGUGAAGCUACUGAAAUGCAACCAUUAUUAAUAAUUAAACAUGUGCUUACAAUUAUGAUGUUCAAAUGAGCCAAAUAAAAGCCGCUACUGCCGUCUAUGUCCUUUAACAUUGACAACGGGGAACCCUGAAACGUUUGUUUUUUUUCUGGUCCUUCAAAUGAACUGUAUGUAGCACAUUUGGCAUAUAGUUGUGCUGCAAUGAUUUCUUUAUUGUCUGUACUUAUGUUUGACCCUGUUUUGAGCAGUAGGGUACAGGGUUAGCAGCACAGAGUUAACAGGCUGCUCAAUUUCGAAUUUUGGGUACAGCAAUAACUCUUCCUCUAUCUCUAUGUUGUUCAAGAUUGAGUUGAAUCUGGCCGUUACGGCCAUCAAUGAGCCUGGGGCACAAAAAGGGGUGAUAGAUAAGAUAAUAUAGGAUGUUCUCUGAUAAGAUUUUAGAAGGACUGACAGUGGAUGGGACAGUCUGUUUGACCACGUUUCAGGAGGAUUGCUUUUGACUGGAUGCUUCCUGUCCCACAAUUCUUAAACUUGAGAGAAAACAAAACCUUCAAACCCCUUCUUUAUCCAAAUAGGCCAACCAUGUAAAGGAUAACGAUCCUGAGGAUGCUCUGUUAGAAGAUGACAUUGGGUACAUUUGUUCUACAUUCCCAUUCUUUCUGGGAAAAAAAAGCCCUACACUGGAUGGGUCAAAGUCAUUCAAAAAUUUUAAUUUAGAUCCCUGCUGAUGCUUACUCUGAAUGUGGCAGCUAAUAUUGUUUUAUAUACUGUACUUUAUUUGAAAUAAAAUGUGGUUUUGUUGUAAUCCUUAAUAGACACAUGCUGGAAGUUGUGGUCACUUUGCAUUUUUACUAUCAUUAUUAUUUAGUUGGCUUUGGCCCGUCUAUGUGAAGAUGGAUAUGAAGACCGGUCUUCAGAAUCUGACUUGCCGAUGUCUAUUUUAGAAAAUAACCAAGAGUCUCCACAUGAAAGGUAAAUCAAAAAAAAUAAUCUCUGUAUAUAACUUAUGGUAUUAAGGCUGUUUGCAAGUUCUUUUUGUUUUGUUUUUUUAAUUUAUUUUUAUUUAUUUAUUCAUUUUUAUUCGCAACAAGUUUUGUGCAACUACAAAUAAUGGGAAAAGUAUAUCAAAGUAUUAAGGAACAUUUGUUCCUACUUACUGUAAUUUUCUUUUCCUGGUCAUAGGCCAUGGCAGGACAACAAUGGGUAGCUACUCCCUUUUCUUAAUUAGAUAGGAACCUAAUUAAAAUAAAGGUAUAAGCAACCCCUCCUACCCCUCCCACCAUCAGUCUUGUUUCUAGCAAUUUUCAAGGGCGGGAUCUUUGUGCUGCCAUGGUCUAUGACCAGAAAAAUAAAAUUACGGUAAGUACGAAUACAUUUUCCUUUUUCCUGACCAUAUCCACAGCAGCCCAAUAAUGGGUAAUACCCAAGCAAUAGCUAAGCGAGGGAAAGAAAUACACAAGAUUUCCAAAAUAUGAAUGCAAAUUGGUUACACACACCUGAUAAGGACAUUGGAAAUUAAAAACUGAUAAUCCACUAUUGCCACAUUAUCAAAUUGACCAACUUAAAUGUACCCACAAAUUUUCUUAAAAAUGUAUUGAGUGAGGUCCUAAGCAGUCAUUUUACCUAUUAGUUCCAUUGAAACCUGGCCACUGAUCCUCAAGAUGAGAAAAGGCUCUGGUGGAGAGCUAACAGAUCUUCAGGUACUGUAACCCCUGGGCCUUAGUUGCCUGAAAAUAGUCAAGACUAUCCAUCUUCUGAUGGCUUAUAUAGAAGCUUGAAGACCUUUCCUGGUCUAUUGGGAAAGAUAAACAGACUUUCAGAAAAAAACAAGAUAGUAUUUCUAUAAAAAUAGAUCCAAAGACAUCUAUCCUUGUCAAUAGGAGAACUUUUCAUUAAAUAGCCUUCAUUCCAAUCAAUAGUCUUUUGGAGCUGAAGGAUUAAUUUCUAUGCAAAAUAGUGCUUGAUAUUCUGAUAUCCUUCUGCCCGAUGCUAAUGUCACCGAUAGAGCUAACUUAAUAUUAAGCAAUUGUGCAGAGAGUCUCAUGGUUAAAAGGGGGAAGAUUUCAGAGUCCUAAAAAAAAAAAAAAAAAAAAAACAGGCAAGAAUACCACGGGACUCUAUGGUUAACUGAGGGAUUAUAAAAAUAAACAAUGACAGAUAUUUAGAUACCUCCAUAUCAAAGCACCUUUACGAAAAGAGAGAUCAGAGAGUGCUGAGACAUUUACCUCUGAGGUGAUGUGGCUAAAUCCUAGAUGAGGUCUGGAUUGAAGAACUUAGAACCUCCUUGGUAGAAGGAAUUUAAAUGAUCACCUAAUUAGAAAUAGACCAGGAGAAAAGACAAACCAAAUCUGUAAAGGUAGCCGAGGAUAUAACUUUUUCCUGGCCUUCAGAGGGGUAUUAAUUACUGCUGCUGAAAAACUUUUCUUUUAAAUAUCCAAGCCUUCAGAAUGAGAAGAGAAGCACUGGAGGAGGGAAGAACUCUUUUGGGAGAUGCCAUGGAAGUACUGAAGAAGACAAGCAGAAGUGAAAACCAUGGAUUGUGUAUCAAUAUGGAACUGUCAGAAAUGAUAUUGACUCUUGCAACCUAUGCAGAAGAGAGGUGUUGGAUGUUAAGGAUUUCCCUUACACGAACAUAUUUGAUUUUGGAUAGAAGUUAGUUAACCCCCGUGCUUGGUAUUCAUAGUUAUUACUGUCCAAGGGAUUGCUAUAGAAAAGUUAAUCUCCUCCAUUUUGCCCAUCUUAUUAGACGUAUGUUGGAGGACCUGGAACAAAACUCUCUCUGCUGUGGUAAUAUGACAGUCAACAUCCUUUGCUUACUUGAUAAGUCUUACUGCACUUUCUGAAGAGAACUGUACCGUACCUUGGACUGUUUCGAACCGUGUUCCCAGCUAUAUCCUGAACUGGGAUGGAGCAAGGUGAUUUCAGCAGACAUCUUUUCACUAUGAAGGUGUAAAAAUUAAAGUGUCCUUCCACUGCAAUCUGAGAAACCUCUGGUGAUGUGGUGCAAUGGGUAUAUGGAAAUAAGCAUCCUGCAGUCUACAUACACCAUCCAAUGUACGAGGAAUGCAGCCUUUAUGAUGAAAAAUUUUCAAGUAUCGUGUAAACUUACAUAGAUCUAGAAUGUAUCUCCACUAACCUGUUAGAAACAUAAUCUUUGUGUUCUAGCUGCAUUUGAAAUUGCUAACAUAACCUUUACUUAGGUCUUUAAGUAGACAAGCUUUCCUGCCCUCUGCAGUUCUCUUGAUCCAUUCUUCCGCUGACCAGGUACUGAGCAAAAGAGUCUGACUAGUACACACAGAGAAUCACAUUUCUGGCUAGAGUAUAACACAACCUACAGAGCUGAAGAGUAUUUCCAGCCUAAUUACUUGCAAAUUGUCAACAGUAGAAAAAAAGGAAGAUUAUCUCCAAUAUGGUCCUAGAUCCUACGGGAUUGAGGUAAGAUCUUACAGCAGGAUGAAAGCCUGUGCCAGCUGCCACACAGGCUUUUAGAGAUGAUCAAUGCAUGAAUGUAUUCAUCUCCAAGAAUUCUUUAGAGUAUUCAUUCUAGGAAUGAGGCGGAGAAUAGCCUCAAAUGUAUUUACAAAUCACAGAGGCCUAGAAAAAGUGAAUAAAGUGGCAAAUGGCUGUGAAUGCAUAUUAAAAGGCACAUAGAAUAAGUGAACCCAGCAGCUGUAUUAAAAAGGCACUGGAAAUAAUAAUAAAGUGUUUAACCAGGAAAGAUACAUUCAGAUAUUCUCUUUUUUCCAAGUACAUCCUGGAGAUGUUACUUUUAUCCCCUUUAACGGUACUCCUCUACCUUAAAGCACUACGGAUAAAGGCCUAAGAAUAAAUGAAUCCUGUGGCUAUAUUAAAAGCCAUAUAGGCCUAGGAAUAAGUGAUUCCAGGGGCUAUAUUAAAAGCAGUAAAGGCCUAGGAAUAAGUGAAUCCAGUGGCUAUAUUAAAAGCCACAUAGGCCUAGGAAUAAGUAUAUUCAGCAGCUAUAAUAAAAGCAGUAGAGGCUUAGGAAUAAGUGAAUCCAGCAGCUAUAUUAAAAGUCAUAAAGCGAUUAUAUUAAAAGCCAUAGAGGCCUAAGAAUAAGUGGAACCUGUGGCUAAUACGUUUGAUUAAAGUUAGCAGGAAACUCUUUAGAUGAAACCGGUGAAGGAUACAAGCAGUUAUGUUCAUAUAUGUGCUCUGUAUAUGCAUGUCCAGCCUGCUACCCCUUGGGUCACUGCAGGAAAUAAUAUGAUAGCAUAAUCUUGCUUCUCCUAGGGUCAUGGCAAGUAAAUGCAUGGGAAAGUACAAGAUAGCAGAGUUUUAGUUAACCCUUUUAGUGAUGGAAUGUUAGUUAGUCUCACAUUAAAGGACCACUAUAGGCACCCAGACCACUUCAGUUUAAUGAAGUGGUCUGGGUGCCAUGUCCAGCUAGGUUUAACCCUUUUUGCUGUAAACAUAGCCGUUUCAGAGAAACGGCUAUAUUUACCUAUGGGUUAAUCCAGCCUCUUGUGGCUGUCUCAUUGACAGCCACUAGAGGCGCUUCCGCGCUCCUCACUGUGAUUUUCACAGUGAGAAGACGCCAGCGUCCAUAGGAAAGCUUUGAGAAUGCUUUCCUAUGGACUGACUGAAUGCGCGCGGCUCUUGCCGCGCAUGCGCAUUCAGCCAAUGACGGAAGAAGAGGGAGGAGAGUCCCAGCGCCGAGGGAGCCCGGCGCUGGAAAAAAGCUAAUGGAUUAACCCCUUCCUCCCCCCUCAGCGCCACGGGAGUGGGACCCUGAGGGUGGGGGCACCCUCAGGGCACUAUAGUGCCAGGAAAACGAGUAUGUUUUCCUGGCACUAUAGUGGUCUUUUAUUUCUUUCAGCGAUGGAAUAUUAGUCAAUGUCAUAUUAAUCCUUGCAAUCCAUAUGCUCUGUAUGUGCAUAAAAUAGUAGGUAAAUGUGUGCUGAAAUAGGAACUUUAAAUAUUGAACAUAAGAGAUACUGAUGUGUCAGCAGCUACAACAUAGGUAUAGGAUCUCUUCUUCCUAUAGAAGUAUAUGUGAAAGCAAAGCACACGGAAGUGAAAAAUAUCAAUAAAUCACCCCCGGUGUGUUAUUGGAGCGCUUCAUAUAAUACAAACUUACCCCUACGGGUUAACACAGUAUACAUUAUAUAGGCAGUAUAUCCCAAUAUACAAAUCUGAAACAGAAAACUUAUAGUGCAAUAUUGUAAUAACGUAUAUUAUAGCACUAUCUAUGGUGUUACAAAUACACAGUGAUCCCACUCACAUGGGCAAGAGCCUCUCAGGAUAGGCUCAAAUUGCUUAAAUAUGUGUGUACUAAGGGGACACUGGACCUCUGAACGUUAAUGGUCACGUGUGUUGUCAUUAGGCGGGGCUAGAGCAUCAUAUGAUACUCAGCUGAACGCAAUACAUGCUCAGGCAAAGGAAACGCCUGAUUGUAAGAGCUCACAGACGAAACACCUAUGGACAGGAAUGGAGGGACAUUUAAACCAACUAGCACACAGCAGGAUGGACACCGAUUGAGAAAGAUGUCAUUAUACAACGAAACACGUUUCGGGAGGAAGACUUUCUGUUAUUGGUUUUAGAACAUUUUAUUUGCAUGCUAUAUGUUUUUACUUUAUUUGUUCACUAAAUUUAUUUUAUGCAAGAGAACAGUCGACCAUCUUCCAUCCUACUGCAAAAGAAGGGUUGUAGCCCCCUUAAAGGCACACACACCCAUAUACCAGGAGCCAGGUUUUAGACUCCUAAAAAGGUGAGAAGCCACUUUUUCUGCUUGUAUUUGCCACUGUGGGAAUUACUACACCAGAAGCUGUUUUGCUUCCUUUGUUUCCCCACCCUUUCUUCUCUGUAUGUGCAUGUCCAGCCUCCUACCCAUUGAGUAACUGCAGGGAAUUUGGUGAUGGCAUGAUCUUGCUACCCUUAGGGUCACAGCAAGUAAAACCCCCGAUCACCAAAGGGGUAUCUUCAGAGGGUCACCUUUGCACAGGAAGAGAGGCUGAACUCCCUUGAGGCAGAAGGUAAAAACCGUCAGGUAAGCCAAAAAGAAAAAAUCUCUUAUGAUGACCAAGUCUGCCUAAGGAUAGAACAGGAAUAAAAAGACUUCGGGUGUGAGGGGUUGGAGGGUUACUUAAACCUUUUGUGUUAAUAAGGUUGGGAUAGGAAGGAGCUCUCCAUUGUUGUGCUGCCAUGGAUAUGGCCAGGAAAUCUAAUUAUGGAAAACAUUUUGAGCACUUAAUUAAAUCUGUUGCUUACAUGGUACUCUAACUGUCAGUUUUGAAUAUGUGUCAAUGUUUUUGGUGAUGUAACAGAUUUAUUAGUCUUUCCGACAGUUUUUUAGACAGAACAGUCUUCUAUUUCAAGAAUUGUAUUAAUAGUUUUAUAGAAUUAAAGGUAUUCUAUAGUGCCACCCCUCCCUCGAUUCCCCCUGCCCCUCUCCCUCCAGCGCUGCAAGGAUUAAAAAACUCCUCCGAUGACACCCAGUGGGAGGGCUAAGGCGCAUGCGUGAUGAGGCCCUCCCUAUAGGAAAGCCUUGUUUCAGUGCAUUCAUAUACAGAUUUAACUGACGCUGGAUGUUCUCAUGCAUAGCGUGAGGAAGUCCAGUGUCAGUUAGGCUACAAAAAGUUGCCCAGCCACCAAGAAGUGCCUUUAGUUGCUGACUAAUUAACAGCCACUUGAGGCAGUUUUAGUCCUGCAAUGUAAUCAUUGCAGAUUUUCAAAAACUGCAAUGGUUUACAUUGCAGGACUAAGAGAGAAUGGGACACUGCACACAGACCACUUCAAUAAGCCGUAGUGGUCUGGGUGCCUAUAGUGUCCCUUUAAGCACAAUUGGCAAUAUUGGCUUUGAGGUUUAUGGAAAGGGCUUUGGCAGUUCUCAACCAGGUACCAGGGCACCCUUUUGACACAUGCUGUGGGGAAGCACUAUGGGCUUUGGAUAAGACACAUGGCAAAUGAUGGCUUAAUAAAGAUUUAAACUGGAGAUUGUUUUUAUUGUAAAUAUCAUAGUACAAGUAAAUAGUGGUAUUUAACAGGCGAUCAUCAUCUGACAAAGUAACAGAACAAACCUUACAGACACUCUGGGACAUCAGAAUUUUUCUAUGUUCCAGCAUAGUCUCUCCCUCAUUAUAGUUGAUAGUCUAAAGAACUUUUGAUAUUGUUACAUCCAAUGCUCUGGCUGUGAUAUGUGUAUGGAAAGAGACCAGGAAUUUAUUGUAUUAAAGUUUAUAUUUUAAUUAAUUAAUUUACUUGUAGCAAUAGACAUGAUAGAAACUUAUAUAUGAGUUAUAACAUCAUACAACAUGGACUUAAGCAAAUCAUUGCCUCUAAAAGUUGGGUGAACCGAUGCAGUUCUGCACUAGGUGAGCUGCAGCAGGGGAAGUGCCAAGUAAGCCUGGGUUUCUGUCAAACUAGCAAAAAUAUACCUCAAAAAAACAGAUAAGAGUGUAACACAAAAACACAAAUAAAAGUAGUUAGGCUAAAUGUUAGAGGGAGUCAGAGUUUGGGAACAAACAGAUAAAGAACAGAAAAACUAAGUAGCUCUAAAACUGGAAGGAAAAUCACCAGUUCUAUGGUUACAUAUAACAAUAAAUAUCAUUUGUUUUCUGUCAAACUAGGUUUGAUAGAAUUCAAACCAACUGGGGCACAGUGCCCAAAGACUACCUGCACCAUAACAGCCCAAUUAACUGUGAUGGGCUUGCAGAAAUACUCACUCAUGAUAGGGAAUGGAUUGGAAAAAAAAGCUUCACAGUGAUUGACUUUAACAGAAAAUACAUUUUUACUAAUAGGUAAAGUUAAAUUUGUCAGUAGUUUGCUAAUUAUAUUUAAUUGGACAUUUUACACUUCAGUUAAUAUGUGCUAAUGAUUUCUAGACACUGAGUGACAUUUCAAAACUAUUACUUAAAAUGUAUUGAUAUUCACUCCAAAAGGUGUUAAGAAUUAAAGAUACUAUACACCAAUACUGUAUUAACCAUCAGGACAAAUGCCACACUAAUUGUUCAGACGAUGCCCAAAUCACGCCAGGGAACUAUUUUACAAAGUACUAUAAAACAUUACUACAUGUUCCUUACUACCCAAUACCAAGCAGACAGAGAGAACAUCGAGUAAAAACAUUUUAGGAAGCAUUACAUGCAAAAAAAGAUACUGAAUAAGAGUAAACUUGUUUGACAAAUAGAAUUCCAAAUAGAUUAUAUUAUUUUUAUUGUCAUUUAUAACACUGCAAACAUAUUCCGCAGUGCUUUACAGUGCUAUAUUAUAUAAUGGGAAAUUUAGCAAUAAAUCAGACAAUUAAAAAUUGUUACAGGAACAUUGGAUAAAAAUGUGUAUAUAAUUAAAUCUCAUCCUUUAUAAGGUUAAAUUUGUUUUGAAUAGAGGAAUGUUAAAGAAGAAAACUUCAAGUUGGGGGAGCACUGCUAGAUUUGGUUAAACCUAGACUGAUCCCUGAAAACGUUCUUGUGACAUUUGUAAUACUGUAUCUAAGCCACAAGGGCUUGCUAUAUGACUGAUAAACUUGCACAGUACACAUUCCUUCAUGCAAGAGGUUAAUCAUUCUAGCUCUUUAUUUCUGUCUCUUUAUGUAGUAUGAGUCUUUGUGAAAUAUCGUUGUGAACUGUUGGAAGCUUAUGAAUUAAAACAUAAAGUAAAAAAAUAUCUGUUCAGAAUCCUUUCAUGUCAGAGUACCAUGAUUUUAUAAUGCAUUUGCGGUAUAAACGCUGUUGACAUUAAAUUAAUAAUCAGACUCCUACCGGAGCUGCAGUAGCAAAAGGCUGACUUCUGGAAAUUCAUCUGAAUUAUUUAAGAUUGGCCUGUUUAUAAAUGAGCAACUGUAGGUACUAAAUACCAAAUCUUUCUAGUUUUUCAGCGAAAAGUGUACCUGAAACUUGGCACUUUUGUUGCAUGUGAAAGAGUACUCAAAAUUGUUACACUACCUAAAAACAAAGGAUUGCAAAGUAGUCCAAAUUAAAGCAAUGAUGAAAUCACAAUAUUGACCGGUGUUGUCGUAGGAUUCGACUAUAAAAAGGAGCGGGUAGAGGACACUGUCAAAGUAACACCAUUAUCCACUUACUUAAGAAUUCAAAGUGAAUUUCACACAGGCAAACAAAUAGGCAAACUGGAAAAAAAAAACUCAAAAUCAGCAAUGCUUUCAAUUUAGCUACACUGGCCUAAUAUUUGAUUAUACUGGCACUGGUAAGGAACGGACUGCGCUAUUAUAUAUUAUCAUUGAUUCCCUCUAAUAUAAUAAUAUAUCGAUAGCGCAGUCCAUUUCUUAUCUGUUUUUCUAUUUUUAACAUAAUUAGAGGUUUUUACUUAUUUCGGUACUGCUGCCUCACCCCCCUGCCUCUUUUAUUUAUUGUGUUUUAUUAUAUAUAUAGAUAUACAUUUUUUAUAAUUUUUUUUUUUUUUUUAAAUGUAUCAUUGAGUUCCACCUCUGUUUUAUAUUGUAUAGACUGGCACUGCAUUCAGUAUUAUAUUUUUUAUACUUUUAUAUUUUAUUUUCUAAAUUAUUAAUAUAGGGUGGGGGCUGUGUUUCACAUUUAUUGUUUAUAUAUAUAUAUAUAUAUAUUAUUUUUUUAUUUUAUUUUUUUGUUAAAAUUACUUAACAAUGAUGGAGUAUCGGUGUGUAUAGAUCUUUUAUAGGUGAUGUGCGAAUCCAGUCAGCAGGUAAAAUAGUGAGUGAACUCUUUAAGGAGGCAAAGGAGCAUGGAGCUAUCCCCGUAGAAGAAGCCAAUAAAGCUUAUGAAGAUUUUUUUAAAGCAAAAGUAAGUUUUGCUAUUUUUGGUGUUUUUAUCAAAGUUUUAAAGUUGUAUGAAGGCAAAUAACACUGUAACUAAAUAUUGAUGCUCUUUUUAGUGUAAUGGAAAAAUUAACAAGGACAAGGUGAAUAAGAAGUAUGCAGAUAUGUGUAAAUGCAAGUAAAGAUCUAGAUAUGGUCUGCUCAUUUCAAUAAAACAUAUUUAAAGAUCUAUGUAACGGGAACCUGUAAUAAUAUUUUAAUUUGCCUUAAAGGGACACUAUAGUCAGCAAAACAACUGUAGUUUAAUGAAGGAGUUUUGGUGUGUAGAUCAUGCACCUUAAGUUUCAUUGCUCAAUUCUCUGCCAUUCUGGAGUAAAAAAAAUUUUUUCUUCUGUUAAUGCAGCCUUAGCUGCACCUCCUCUGGCUGUGACUCACACAGCCUGCAGGACAGCAAAAUGGUUUCAUUUUCAAUCAGAUGUAACUUACUUUGAAAGUUUUUAUCUCCUGGUCUGUAAAUUGAACUUUAAUUACACCCAAGAGGAUUCUGUAGGGUCUAGCAAGCUAUUAGCAUAGCAGGAGAUACAACAUUCUAAAUUAACAGAAUUUACUAUAAAGGAAGUAUAAACAUUAGAUCUCUUUACAGGAAGUGUUAAGGAAGGCUGUGUAAGUCACAUGCAGGGAGGUGUGACUAGGGCUGUAUAAAGAAAGUGAUUUAACUCAUAAAUGGCAGAAAAUUGAGCAAUGAGAUUGCAUGGGCAUGAUCUGUACACCAAAACUGCUUCAUUAAGUUAAAGUUGUUUUAGUGACUAUAGUGUCCCUUUAAAUUGGCUUCAUGCAUGUUGAAUACAGCAUCUAUCACAGAGAUGCAUGACAUAUUAAUUGUAAAAUAUUGAAAAAAUACUCACCUCACCUCCAUUCAUGGGUGUUAGAUUUCUCUAAGCAGGGCACACCCCCUGUGAAGCAUGCUGUUUUGUUCUCAACGACAACAUGCCAGGGUCUGAACAGUGUGACUCUUCCUAUACUCCAUAGCCAGCAUUGGCUAGGAAAUUCCGUGUUAUGAUAACUCACAAUGCCCUCCCUUUUGUUGGGCAAAAGGACUUAACCCAAGUAAUGAAUUAUCAUCAAUUCAGUCACCUCCUUUCCACAUGGGAUCAUGAGGACUAAAAUGGACAAACUUAAUAUAGAUGACAAAGGAAAACCUCCUAUGUACCAAAAACUUUUUGAGAUAAUACCCUAAAAAUAUUCAAUACAUAUUCAAUAGGCAUGUGCAAUUAAACAAUUAAACCGCACAUAAUGGGUAUAGACCCAUUAUCCUUAUGGCAAAUUUGCAAUAAGUUACAAACAUACAUUGCAUAGAAUACUUGAAGGGCCUUUUUGCCUACAGUGGAAAAACGUGGUUUAAAUUUUACUUCCCAGAAGUAUCAAAAACCACUUAAAAAGAAGUGCUACUCUGUUGAUACACAACAGGUUAUGAAAAUUCUACAGUAGUUAAGUCUUGUUAAUUUGGAUACUUCCUUGCACUAGUGACAUUUAGUGUAAGAGCAAAAAAACUAGCUCUCCAUUUGAUUGAAACAAUACACCAUUGUACAGUUGUAUCUGGACACACAUCUACAAGCUCCGUCUACCAACAUAACUUAAAGGGAUGCUAUAGUCACCGGAACAUCUACAGCUUAAUGUAGUUGUUCUGGUGAGUAUAAUUAGUCCUUGCAGGCAUUUUAAUGCAAACACUGCCUUUUUAGAGAUGAUGCCUAUUGGCCAAGCCAGGGUUUGCCCCUCCUCACCCCCCACCCAUCCUGCCUCCUUUCCCUAUAGGAAAGCAUUGGAUUGGCUGAAAUCAUACAUUUUGAUUAUGUCAGCAAGGAGGGGAAUCGGGGGCAGGGCCAGCACAGGUGGACACAUGCUGCACUGGAAAUAAGGUAAAGUGGGGCAAGCCACCUAAAUGGUGGUUUUAACACUAUAAGGGCCAGGAAUACACAUUUGUGUUCCUGACCCUAUAGUGUUUCUUUAAGCAUGAUUCUCAACUUGAUUUUAGAUAGAAGUAGCAAAUUGUAUUACUGAGACUAAAAUGCCUAUAAACAUCUCCUAACACUGUAUCUGAAAUACAAGAUUGGCUAGCUUGGUAAAUAGACAUAAAAUAAUCUCGGUAAUUAACCUGCCCUGUAUAGCCUCUUUGGCGUGAGAGAAAUUAAGUUGCCAAAGUAGCUCAAUCAUUCAACAAUUUAAGCUACCCAGCAGUUACCUAAAUAUAAUCAGUCUAGUCUGUCAUAUAAGGGAAAUAGACUAAGCACAUGCUUGGUCACCAGCCCUACCAAAAGGCAAUUAAAGACCAGCUAUAUUACUGCAGCAAUAGCAAACACUCUCCUUCCCCAGUCUAAAUGAAAAUAAACUAGUGCUGGUCUAUAAAAGAAAGCAAAAAUCAAACACCUACACCUCCAUAGCGUCACAUUUAAAUGAAUAUCUAUAACGACGAGGUGAGCAUUUUGUCUAUAUAUUGAGUGUUAUGAGAUGUUUAGAGGCAUUUCAGACUAGGCAAAAGAAGUCUCUACUUCUACCUAAAAUCAAGUUGGGAAUGUAUGCUUAAAGGACCACCAUAGUGCCCUGAGGGUGCCCCCACCCUCAUGGCCCCCCUCCCACCAGGCUGAAGUUUGAGGAAGGGGUUAAAAUCUUACCUUUCUCCAGCGCCGGGCUCCCUCGGUGCUGGGGUCUCUCCUCCCUCUUCGGGUGAAUGCGCGGCAAGAGCCGCGCGCACAUUCAGUCAGUCCAUAGGAAAGCAUUCUCAGUGCAUUCCUAUGGACGCUGGCAUCUUCUCACUGUGAAAAUCACAGUCAGAAGCGCAGAAGCGUCUCUUGCUGCUGUCAAUGAGACAGCCACUAGAGGCUGGAUUAACCCAUAUGUAAACAUAGUAGUUUCUCUAAAACUGCUAUGUUUACUGCAGGCAGGGUUAAUCCUAGAUGGACCUGGCACCCAGACCACUUCAUUAAGCUGAAGUGGUCUGGGUGCCUAUAGUGGUCCUUUAAGUUAUGUUGGUAUACUGGGCUUGUGUCCAGUUAAGUUUGUGACACUGGUUGGAUACAAUUGUAGGAUAGUGUAUUGUUACAAUUGUAUGGAGGGAUAGUUUUUCUACUCUUACCACUAGAUGUCACCGGUGCAACUAAGUAACAAGACAAGAACUACUGUAGCAUUUUCUCAGCCUGUUUCGGGAUCAUUAUAGAAACAAUUAUUUUUAAGUGUUUUUUGCUACUUUUGGUGAGUAAAAAUUAAGAGGUCCCUCAAGUUUUCUCUACAUUGUAUGUUUGUUAUGUAUUGCAAAUUCGCAUAUGACAGAUGCACAUUUUUAGAGUAUUAUCUCAAUAAAGAUUUUUUUUUUCUUUACAUAGUAGGUUUUCCUUUGUCAUAUGUUUAUAUUACAUUUUUCUCUUUGUAGUCCUUCUGAUCCAAUGUGAAAAAGAGGGCAGUGAAUUUAGUUUCCACAGCAACCAUAGCGCAUGCAUUGUAGUUGCUAUGUGUGAACUACAGAAGGAUUACCUGUGGUUCUUUUCUGCUCUCUCUGGUCAGUCAAUUCUUUGGCAUAAAGUUUAAGCAGAAGAAUUGACUGACAUGUAGGAGAAAGAGAUAUUUUGCUAGCACAAUGUAUAAAUUAAAUUUGAUUCUCGUUCAAAAAAAGCAUAAGUUGUCAUGGUCACGACAGAUACCUAUUAUAAUCUGUUUAUAGUAAUAGAGUGUGACGAGAGCAAUCUCGCCACAUUGCAUUGGAGGAGCCUGGUUGCCCGCCUGCUCCCUUUAGACUAUGGACCGGACUUUUAAAAUACUUUAUUUUCCCUGCAGAAAGGCUUAUUUAUGCCUUUCUGCCAGGGCGUUCGGUAUAUUUUAUCUACCGAACAAAAUACCGAAGGCGCGACCACCGGGAAGCUGGCGUGUGCUUUCAAUUCACCUCCCUGAAGCUAGUGUGUGCCGUCAAUUGACCAUCCAGUAGCUGCGGUUAACCGCAGCUUAAUUGACUGUUACUGGGUGGCCGCGGUUACACUUAGCGGCCGAUGGUGGCGGUGUUAAGGAGCUUCCCAGACGGCCAGCGGUGCUCAGCCCGGAAUCAGUGCAGUAAAAGCGGACACUUUUAUGUGCAGGCACUGCUGAGCCUCCAGCCUUCCCUGCUUCUAUUCGUGGCUGUCUAGCCGAACGCUGGAUUGAUCUGGACUUUUUCUAUGUGAAUGUUUUAACCCAGAUAGCUAUGCCAUGGAGCCUAUUCGUGUAAUUAAAGACUUUGGCUCCAUGGCAAUUGAACUGUGUGAAUAGGAUCUGAGCACUAUUCGGUAGUUAUGUGCGCUCAGGUCCCAGCUAUCUGGGGAUAUGUGACAUGUAUGGAUUUUAUGUAUUAAAUGUAACACUGUAUGUUUUAAUGUAUUUUACUGUCUUUGUGUCCCCAUGUGUAUAAUGGAGUUUUGCCUCUGUCCUGGGAGAUAAUUGGAUUAUUUCCCAAUUAUCUCCAGGAUAGAGGGAGGGAAAUUAGGAUGCAUUGUGGGGAUGUUUUACUUCUGUGUGUCUGAAUGUGAUACAUGUCUGUCUGUGUUACAGUCUUCCAUCUGGUCCCCCAGUGGGGUGUCCACCAGGUGGGAGACCUGCAUAAAUACUGGGCGGUAGCCCUCAAUAAACCAGACCACUGCUUGACCCUCAACACGGAGCUCUGUCUCAUCUUUGGGGGGAUUUACUCUAUGCUGUUAGAGACUGAUUGCCAGGAAUAUAAGCCGCUUGGGUGCUUUUCCUGUUCGUCUGCUAGCAGCUAUUCGUGAGGUUCCAGUCCGGGAGUUUGAAGUGCUACUUUGUAUGCAGUUCGGGAGUUUGGAGCAUUCCCUUGUAUGCAGUUCGGGAGUUUGGAGCUUUCCCUUGUAUUCAGUUCGAGAGUUUGGUGUUCUGCAGUAGCUGUGCCUGUGUCUCUGGAAGGGAAGAUCUACUAAACGGCGGUUUAACCCUUUUAUGCCUGGGGGUGCCGUUACAUAGAACAAGGGUCAAUAUCUAUGUAAAUUCUGCUCAUUUAUUAUAUAUUAAAGGAACACUAUAGGGUCAGGAACACAAACAUUUAUUCCAGACCCUAUAGUAUCAAAAAUACCAUCUAUCUCUGGUUCCACUUGCCCCUCUAAAUAUAGUAUAAUCUUACGUUUAUUUUAGUCUGCUGCUGCUGGCUCUGCCCCUGAUCUGCCUCCUUGACUGACAUCAUUACAAGUGGUGAUCUCAGCCAAUCACAAUAGGAAAUCAUUGGAUUGGCUCUAGAUUAUCAAGGAAGCAGACAAGGGGCAGAGCCAACACAGUCCUGACCAAUCAGACUCUUGUCAUAGAGAUGCAUUGAAUAAUGCAUCUGUAUGAGGAAAGUUCAGUGCCUCCAUGCAGAGUUUGGAGAUACUGAAUGUUUACUGCAAAAGCCUGAAGGGAAUGAUUGUACUCACCAAAACAAAUACAAUAAGCUGUAGUUGUUCUUCUGACUAUAGUGUCCCUUUAAUGAAGCAAGUAAGAUUUAGAUAAAAUCCAAUUAUAAUAAUGAAAGAGAAGUAAAAUAACACAUUCUGGGACAGCCAUGAUUUCUAUCACUAAUAUGAAUUGUUAAGGUUUGGAGGUUCAAUCCAAGAGUGAGAUUAAGAGUGAGUGUAUACAGAAAAUACUCUUCAGAGUCAAGAUAAAAGAAAGAGUCUGUUCAUACCUUAUAGCUAAUGGAUGUUGUUUAUUUUAACCAGGGGGUUUCGUUUCACUGUUAUUUUAAUGCAGCAUUUUAUUAAAAAUGUAUAUACACAAUGUCUGUCCCUCUUUUAGUUUAAGUGCCUUUUUAAACCUGUUAUAAAAUAUUUAGUAUAUAAAAUAGUGUCUUAGUAUUUCUUUCACUUUUUAUGUAUUUAAUGUUGAGCUCAUUACAAGUGAAAAUCUUUUCAAGGAUAUUUAUGCUAUAAAAUUCAAAAAUGCUCUCAUGAUCGUAUUACUACUUCCUGCAUCAUUUCACAAAAAAAUAAAAAUCCAAAAUGUAAAAAAAACUCUCCAUUAAAGAGCAAUGCCUGCUGCCUUUUUUGUCCAACACGUUUUAUAGCUAAGACUUAUAUAUAUACCAGCCACAAAAUAUCACUCCAAAUUCUGUGAGGGUAAUAGAUGGUAUAUUGCAAGAACAAAUGGAUGUCCUAGAGGGAUGAAAGUAUGUGGAUUAAAAUAUAUCUUUUAAUAAAUCUUUUAAAACAAUGUAUAAAUAUUUCAGUGACUGUAACCAAAUAAAAUGUACUGUGAAGUAUAAUGCCUGUGGGAGAACUUUACUAUAACGUCUAGAGACUGUUACAUGGUAGGCCAAACUUUGCAAAAUAAAAUGGUCGCUGUCUAAAAUGAAAUGAUACUGAACAUAAAAUAGGUUUUAUUAAUCCUCACAAAAUACAUAAACAUUUUAACACAACGAUCAUUGAAGGAUUGUGGAUAGAUUUUGAGCUGUAAUGACAUCUUGCCCUUAAGGACCAAACUUAAAGGACCACUAUAGUGCCAGGAAAACAUACUCGUUUUCCUGGCACUAUAGUGCCCUGAGGGUGCCCCCACCCUCAGGGUCCCCCUCCCGCCCGGCUCUGGAAGGGGGAAAGGGGUAAAAACUUACCUUUUUCCAGCGCUGGGCGGGGAGCUCUCUGUCUCCUCUCCUCCUCCGAUCUGCCCCGUUGGCUGAAUGCGCACGCGCGGCAAGAGCUGCGCGCUCAUUCAGCCGGUCGCAUAGGAAAGCAUUCAUAAUGCUUUCCUAUGGACGCUGGCGUUCACAGUGACAAUCACACAAGCGCCUCUAGCGGCUGUCAGUGAGGCAGCCACUAGAGGAUUUGGAGGAAGGCUUAACCCAUUGAUAAACAUAGCAGUUUCUCUGAAACUGCUAUGUUUAUAAAAAAAUGGGUUAACCCUAGAAGGACCUGGCACCCAGACCACUUCAUUAAGCUGAAGUGGUCUGGGUGCCUAGAGUGGUCCUUUAAAGGACCACUACAAACUCGUUUUCCUGGCACUAUAGUUGCCCUGAGGGUGCCCCCACCCUCAGGGUCAAACUCCCGUGGGGCUGAAGGGGGAGGAAGGGGUUAAUCCCUUACCUCUUUUCCAGCGCCGGGCUUCCUCGGCGCUGGGACUCUCCUCCCUCUUCUGAUGUCGCUGGCUGAAUGCGCAUGCGCGGCAAGAGCCGCGAGCGCAUUCAGCCAGUCUCAUAGGAAGCCAUACUCAAUGCUUUCCUAUGGACGCUGGCGUCUUCUCAUUCUGAAUAUCACAGUGAGAAGCGCCGAAGCACCUCUAGCGGCUGUCAAUGAGACAGCCCCUAGAGGUUGGAUUAAACCGUAGGAAAACAUAGCAGUUUCUCUGAAACUGCUAUGAUUACAACAGAUAGGGUUAAACCUAAAUGGACCUGGCACCCAGACCACUUCAUUGAGCUGAAGUGGUCUGGGUGCCUAUAGUGGUCCUUUAAGGGGUUAAAGGGUUACACCAAGCACGAUGCCACUUUAGUGUUUUGAAGAGGUCAUGAUACUUGGAGUGUGUAUGUGCUGCAUUUCACUUUUGAAAAUGGUAUGCCAUCAUGGGGGUAAUUUUCAUUCCUGGGCUACCAUUUGGUCUCAAAGGCAACAUAACCAGUCUGGCAAAUUUCAAUGUGUAUAAACUGAAAAAUCUAAUGUGCUAUAUUUGACCCUGUAACUUUCCAAAACACCUGUACAAUGGAGGGUACUGUUUUACCCGUGAGACAUUGCUGAGUACAAAUAUGUCUACUUUAUUGCCGUAAAAGCUAACAGUUUAGUGACAUUUAUAGUUUAAAUGCAAUGCAUUUCUUAAAUUCUUUUUUUUUAAAUAUAUUUUAUGCAUAUUAAAUUAUGUUCAAUAUACAAAUAUUUGAUGUGACAUGAAAGCCAUGUUUCUCCUGAACAAAAUGAUAUAUAAGUGUGGGUGCACAUAAUAUGAAAGAGGUGAAUUACGCCUGAACAGACAUAUAGCGCAAAUUCAAGGUUUUGUUUACGUUUUGUUUUGAUCACAACUUGUACAAUUGGUUCAGUCCUUAAGGGGUUAGUAUAAUAAUCGUCCUGUAAUUUGGAGCCCUGCUGUGUUUAGCAUUUCAACUAAACAAUAUUAUGCAGUUGAGCAUUUUGUUGGUCUGAUGCAAAUGUAUUAUUGUAUGUUAAAAUCUUAAAUGAUUUUGCAUUUUGCAAAGUCAUAUCAUUCCAAGCUCCUUACAAAGUCACAUACACAAUAUAACUUUGAUGCUACUUUCUGUGCACAUGAUGAAGAUCAAAUAUCACAAUUUAUUUUGUGUAAAAAAACAUAUAUUAUGACACUCUGCACAUGACCUUCAGAUUGAUUUUUUUUUUUUUUUUGUAGUUAUUUACUGGUGGAGCAUACAAAUUGGGUGAUUCUGCAGUGAAGCAAUCUGAAUAUAUACGGGAUGAUGAACUCUUUGAAAGGCGGCAAGAUGUAAGGAAUUUCCCCUUUUUAAGUCAUUAGCCAAAUGUUUUUUUUAUCAAACAUGCUUAGCCUGUUUUACCUCCAUUGACUGUGUUUAUUGCUAUCUCUGUUUCAGUUCCCAUUAGUAAUUGCUUAAUGUAAAUGAUCUAAAAAUGUAAAAAAAAAAUAGCUAUAUGGAAGAGAGUGGGAGAAUAUUUGGAUACCCAUUUCUCCUGGUCUGUGUCCGAUUUACACACACAGUUAAUAUAUGCACUUAAGUCUGCCAUCAGAAAUGUUGGAGUCCCUCAAGGCAUGGGACCCACCAAAGGCCCCACCCCGAUUUCGCCUACAGGGCUGCCCCCCCACCCUUCCACCACCAUCUUACAUGCACUCUGAGCUGUGAUAGGAGAACUGUAUGUGUUUUUAAGGGAUAUAAUGUAUCUGUGUGUGUAGGGAAUGUAAUGUAGGUGUAUAGGUAAUGCAGUAUGUAUAGGGGAUGUAGUUUGUAUACUGGAGACAGUGUGUGGAUUUAUAGGGAAUGCAGUGUGAGUGUGUGUAAGAGUUUCAGUUUAUAUAGUGGAUGAAGAGUUCUUAUUUGUGAGGGAUGCAUGUGUGUGUAUAGUUAAUGUAGUAUGUAGAUUGUGAGCUUGUUUGGGCUGGGCCCUCUUCACCUACUGUUUCUGUAUGUUAUACAUGUUUUGUUAGAACUGAAUGUCUGUUUUGUUUCCUGUUGUACAGUGCUGUGGAAUAUGUGGUCGCUAUGUAAAUAAUAGUGUGUCUGUAAGGGGUGCAGUGUGUAUGUAUAGUGGAUGCAGUUUGUGUGCAUGUAAGGGAUAUAGUGCUUGUAAAGCGAUGCAGUGUUUGUGUAGAUACAGUGUAUAACGGAUGCAGUGUGUGUGUGUGUUUGUGUGUGUGUGAUACAGACUGAGUGUGUGUGUCUGGAAUGCAGACUGAGUCCAUAUCGAGGUGUGUAAAGGAUGCAGAAUAAGUGCAUAUGGAGGAUGCAGUGUGUGUAUGUCUGUCUCUGUGGGGUGGGAUAUGGGCUUUCAUCUGUGUGCAUUGUCAGGAGCAGAUUUUUGUUUUUGUGUCUAUAUUUUAUGAUGUUCCCUUAUCCCUGCAUCUUACCUAUGCCGGGGAGUGGGGACAUGCAUUAAAAAAACAGGAUGAGCAGUUAAAACAUGUAUAUUAAUAUUACAUAGUUACAUAGCUGAAAAGAGACUUGCGUCCAUCAAGUUCAGCCUUCCUCACGUUUUUGCUGUUGAUCCAAAAGAAGGCAAAAAACCUAGUCUGUAGUAUUCCAAUUUUGCAACAAACUAGGAAAAAAUUCCCUCUUGACCCCAAAAUAGCAGUCAGAUGAUCCUUGGAUCAAGCAGCUAUUACCCCACUAAUUAGAAAUUAUAUCCCUGUAUGCUAUGUUUUUUAGUAUUUAUCCAAUUGCAGUUUAAACAUCUGUAUGGACUUUAAUAAAACCACCUCUUCAGGCAGAGAAUUCCAUAUCCUUAAUACUCUUACUGUAAGAAAACUUUUUUUUUUUUGCCUUAGAUGAAAUCUCCUUUCUUCCAACCUAAAUGUGUGACCUCGUGUCCUAUGUAUAGCCCUGUUUAUGAAUAGAUUUCCAGAUAAUGGUUUGUACUGGCCCCGAAUAUAUUUGUAUAAUGUUUUACUUUCCCCUCUGAGGCGCCGUUUUUCCAAACUAAAGAGAUUUACAUUUUUUUAACCUUUCUUCGUAACUAAAAUGCUCCAUUUCUCUUAUCAAUUUUGUAGCUCGUCUCUGCACUUUUUCUAGUGCCAUGAUGUCCUUCUUUAGAACAGGUGCCCAAAAUUGCACAGCAUAUUCAAGGUGUGGUCUUACCAGCGAUUUAUAAAGAAGCAAAAUUAUAUUUUCAUCCCGAGAAUUUUUUUUCUUUAGUAUGGCUUCAUGGGCAGAAUCGCAAACCACAAUGACCAUGCUCAGCCAUUGCACGUUUCAGUAGGUUCGUGAUUUGGUUACAUCUUGAACUUGGAAUUCAGGAAUCCCACCGAUCACCAAAUAGGGCCAAAUUCAAAUGAGUUGGUGUUUCGGACUGAAACAAAUCUAAAAGUCCACUAUUGAAUUUAUUAAACUAUUGAAUUGGCCAGUAAAAGUGUUAGCAGCGUUAGACACAGUUUAUGUCAUUCCAAUAAAUGUUAAAUGAGGACAUAUUUCAUUAUAACAAGGUUUUAGAAUAAAUACUUCUGUAUGUCUAUGGGUUUGCAUUAAUUUGUAUUUUGUAAUUGUUUUACAUGUAUUUGCAUCAUAUGGAAUAAUGGUAAAGGCUUUAAUUCAGGGAAUAAGUUUUACAGUUUAGUUACUUUAUCAUGUGUUUAGCCUUGUGCGGUUUUGUAAGUUAUAUAUUCUCUGUAAUUCUUAUCACUCAUUGUGCGUCACUGAUAUCUCUUUCAAGGCUAAUUGACUAUUUCAAGGCCGUGGCUCUGUCACCUUGCCACUGAGUCGGUAAUCCCUAUACUGUAUCACUGCCAAUGUUAUGAAGUGUUCAUGAACUUUGUCAUGGUUUGAGAGAAGCUGACAUUGAAAGUCCACAUGUUUAACAAAGCAAACAAGAUAUAUUUUGUGAGUUUAGGCUUUUGGCUUUUGUUUGUAUUGGUAAAGGUAUAUCACAUGUUCAUAACAUACUAUUAAUGGUCAAAUUGGAGAGCAAUUCCAGUGGGUUAUACUGAUAUGGUUUCAUAUAUGGUUUUAUAUUAAUAUAAACAUUUUGUUUCACAACAGGUUCAGAUUUUACUCAAGCUCUGGAGCAAUGGAUUCAGUUUAGAUGAUGGGGAACUGAGAUCUUAUACAGACCCAAUAAAUGCUCAGUUUUUGGAAUCGGUAAAAAGAGGGUAAAGCGACUGUUUUGAGUAAACCGUCAUUAUGUGUUGAAUGGCCUAUAGCACAAAAAAAUACUGAUUUGUUUGUUCACAAUGCAAUCUAAAUCUAGUUUUGCCUCUUUUAUCAUUUCAGUUCAUUUAAAAUGUGUGCCAGAAUACACAUACAUGAACACUUUUUUUUUUGUGAUCUCUUUACAAUGCAUGCAGAAAAAUGGGACAGAAUUUAACAUAUCUGGAAAUAAACACAAAGCAUUACUUACAGACAACUACUGUCACCGCUCAAGUCAGGGAUAACAACAUAUCCAUUUCUUUACAACCUGUGCCAAUUGCCAGUAACACCAAUUUUCUAAAGGGACACUGUAGGCACCAGGUCACUUCAUUCAAGUGGCCUGGGUGCAAUGUCCCUUAACCCUACAGUGGUAAUUAUUGUAGUUUCUGAGAAAUUGCAGUAAUAACCUCUGAGGGUUAACUCCGCCUCUAGUGGCUGUCUACAAGACAGUCACUAAAGUGACUUGCUGAAUUGAAACGGAUCUUUGAUCCGGUAUCUGACUCUGGAUGUCCUCACAAACUGCAUGAGGACUUCCUGCGUCAGAUAUUUCCCCAUGGGAAAGCAUUGAUUAAUAGUCAUGUUUUUUUUACUUUGAUAUUUGGUUACCAUAUAUUAGUUUAAAAAUUGUUAUACAGACUGUCUAUGGGGUAACCUGUGUUGGUGAGUCCAGUGAGAUAUAUGUUUACACAAAAAGUACAAAGGGCUGAAUGUGUGGGUUUUUUUUAGGUUUUGUUUUUUGUUUUUGGGAAAUUCCUAUUUUUUUCUUAUUUAUUUAGAGAAAUUCCUGGGGAGCUAAAGAGAAUGGUUCAUGGAUGUCAGAUCAACUUAGACAUGGAAGAUCAUCAGGACCAAGAAUACAUUAAACCGAAGUUGAGAUUUAAGGCAUUUAGUGGUGAAGGCCAAAAGCUUGGAAGGUAUAACAUUUAAUUAUCAAAUUUUCAUUAUUGUUAUUAGCUACACUUUGUAAACCUACACUCUGUGGUGCUAUUUUUUUUUAACUUAUAAAUGUAUGUUAAUGCCAAAUAUUAAAUCACCAAUUGCUAGAAUUACAGAAAAAGCAUCAGCAUAUUUAACAAAGUAAUACACAAAAAGAACUCACAGUGUACAACACUUACACCAUUGUCUGUGUGUGCUGUAGUUUGCAAUGAAUAGUCAAGGGAAAACUAUAUGACCAAUUCCAGUGUGUACAGUGUUAACAUUUUUGUUGUUAUUAUUUUAUUGACAUUGCAUAGCCUGGCUUAGCCUGUGAAUUUUAUCUUAUUAAUUUUGCCUCAUAGAAACAUAUGGGAAAUACAAUAAAUGUAUCAGUCCCAUGUCUGGUGAAAAGGGUUUAUCGUAUGGUAAACCCUAUUGAAUACAUGUAAUUUUACAGGCGAAGAGACCAAAUUGCGGUAAGGUCUCUUUUCAAAAUCUCCACCACUAAGGUACAAUAACUCCAAUAAUUCCUUGGGACAAAACUGAGCAAUUUGAGCCCGGGUGGGGAUUUGAAGUUUCUAUAUAGGAAAAAUAAAUUGUUGUGAAAAUAGCAUUCAAAUAAAAGCCAAUUGUAAUGUAUUAAACAAACAUACAAUAAAUAGUUCUAUUCAAUGGAAUAAUAUUUUAAUUUUUUUUUAAUUUAGCUUAGAUAUAAAAAAAGAUACACAGUAUAAAACCUUUACAACAACCUAUUAAUAUUCUUGCAAAUGCACUUACAAACACAAGUGCUUCAGACCUUAGCAAUAUAAUAGCUUAUAAAUUGCUGGAAAAAGAUCCACAAUAUCCAUUCUAGCGUUAAACAUGGGUCCGUAUCCACAGCCUGCUGGAUCACUGCUGGAAUGAUCGUUUCACUUGCGUUUUUAGUAAUACUUUCUUGUUAAAUAUCAUAGUUGAUCUUUGACAAUUGGUAAAAUGUUUUGUUUUGUUUUAAAAAACUUAUAAAUCCAGCCUGACUCCUGAAAUAAUUAGUACACCUUCGUCUCCGGAAGAAGAAAACAAGACAUUUCUAAAUAUAGAUGUUGAACUUGAUGAGCAUGUGCCUACAACAAAAAUUCAGAUUAGAUUAGCCGAUGGAAGCCGCUUGAUACAAAGAUUCAACCUCAGCCAUAGGUAAGAAUCAUUAAUUUUACCAAUUGUACUUUAGUAACAUGAUAAAAACAUAAAUUUCUUUGGUGCCAGUAAUGUAUAAACUGCUGUAAAUUUGGCAUGAAAAAGUGAUGUGGAUUGCUCAUCUGCUUUUUCUACUAUUUGACUACAAUGAACAAAGGUUUGUGUCUUGAAUAACGUUUUCUCGUCUUAUUAUUGCCAGCAUAUUGAGAUUUGAGGCAGCACUCACAUACUUUAUAGUUUCUAUAGGCAGGGACUGGUGAUUUAAAUAAUUAGAAAAUACAAUUUGUGUUCAUUGAGAAAAUAAACUUAUGGUCCUUUUACUCCAGCCUCCAUCUUUAUUCAUCCUAUGAGCUAUGGACACAUGAAGCUCAUGAUUAAUGCAUCACUCUGAGUCCGAGAACAAUGUCUAAUUAUUUUACAGUGUACAGUGCAGAGAGCACUCUUCACCCACUCUCUGCUCUGACAUUGGCUUCUAAAGGGACACAAUAGUCACCAAAAUAACUUUAUCUUAAGGCAGAGAAGCAGUUUUAGUGUAUAUAUUAUGCACCUGCAGUCUCAUUGCUCAAUUUUCUGCUGUUUAUGAGUUAAAUUAAUUUGUUUCUGUAGUCAUAGUAACACAUUCCUGCAUGUGCCUUACACAGCCUUCCUAAACACUUCCUGUAAAGAGUCAUCUAAUGUUUACACUUUAUUUAUUGCAAUUCUGUUUAAUUUAGAAUUUCUUAUCCACUGCUCUGUGUCAGUCGCAGCCAGGGAAGGUGCAGCUAGGUCUGCAGAAAAAGAAACAAAAGUGAUUUAACUCCUAAAUGUAAGUAAAUUGAGCAAUAAACCUUUAGAGGCAUGAUCUAUACACCAAAACUGCUUUAUUAAACUAAAGUUGUUUUUGUGGAUCUAGUGUCCCUUUAAGUGAUUUGUAAUUGUAUUUAUAAGACAGCUGCCAGAACUGUCAAACAGGCAUUUGUAAUAUUAUCAUCCAGGCUAUCCAUUUUGCCCACUGUCUAUCACUAGGAGAUUAAAGGGACACUGUAGUAUUAGGAAUACAAAGAUGUACCUAAUGCUAUAGUGUCUCUCUGCCUCUCGCACCUCUUCCGUGGCAAUUACAGGGUUAAAGGUACACAUGAACCAAGGUUUUCCUAUGGGGUUUUGCGAGAUGCAUGGAAAGCGUGAGGACGUCCAGCGUCGUUUUAAAGUUUUAAACUACGUUUUACACCAGUAAACACAUAUAGUGUCUGUUUGGUAGAAAAACCACUAGAAGCAGUCUUAAGACUGCAAUUAAAAAAUUACAGUUUCAAUAAAAAUGCAACAUUUUCAGAUGCAGGAUUUAGGGGAAAGGGGCAGUGCAAGCAGCCCACAUCUAUGAAAUGAAGUAGUCUGAGUACCUACAGUGUGCCUUUAACCAAGUUAAAUGGGUAUUAAUAAUCUUUUGGCUAUCUGCAGUGCACGGCCUAAACAUGAUACUGUAACAAGGCAUCUGUGACAGGGAUUGUUGUCAAAUAUAUGUAGUCUAAAAGAGAGUGCUCGCAGGUCUUAAUAAAGCUGCUGCUUUGUUAAAUAAGCAGACAAAUAUAGACUAAAACUGUGAUAUUAUUAUUAUUAUUAUUAUUAUUAUUAUUAUUAUUAUUUAUAUAGCGCCAUCAGAUUCUGUAGCACUGUACAAUGGGAUAGUCUACUUACAAGAUAAUUGCAUUAAAGGUCAAUAUAUUCCUAGUUGGGGUGUUGAGAGGCAAUAAUUCAUUGGCCCCUGAAUGUCAUUUUCAGAGUGUUUGUAUUUUAUUUUCUAGGAUAAUGGAUGUACGGAACUUUAUUCUCCAGUCCCGCUCGGAGUUCGCCCACACUGAAUUUACAUUAGUUACAACAUUUCCAAGCAUUGAACUAACAGAUGAAAAUCAAACACUGGAAGAAGCUAAUAUAUUCAACACUGUGAUUAUUCAACGAUUGAAGUAGAGACUUGCUUUCACAAGCCCUUUAACUUGUACAAGAUAUUACUUGUUACUUUCAACUAGUAUUAGGUACAGGUUUAAAUAUUUGAUUUUAGUUCUUAUAAAAUAAGUCUAUGAAACUUUACAUUUUGAAAGCUCUAAUUGACAAAGAUAGGGUGAUCAAAUCAUUGAGGCAAUGAUUGAUGUAUCUUUGCUAAUUAAAUUACUAAGAAAAUAUACUUCCUAUUGAGUAUGUGAAAACUGUAGUUAUCAGCACCCUCUCUUACACAGCUAUAUUGAACUAGGUUUAUUUUUAAUAUGGAGUUUUAAAACAUUUAUUUUGAUAUUGUUCAUUUUUCCUAAUUGUUUGUGUGGAACUGUGCGAUCCACAACAAAAUCAUUCUAACCCUCCAAUUAGACUGCUCGAUUUGCAUGUACGUUUCAAAAUGUUCACUGAAACUCGGAACUUCACUGUAAAUGGGAAAGGAACUACGGGGCCUUUUAAAAUUAAUGGUGUGUUUUUAUUUUUUUUUCAUGUUUUUAUUUCUCUUUAUAAUUAAGGAUUAAUUGCCCUUUAAAUUGUACAAAUUUCUUUUAGGAUUGUCUUUUUGUUAAACACACUCUAGCACAUAACUCUCUGACUAGAAAUACAUUUAUCUUUUAUUUUCAAUAAGAAAUGUAUUGAUCUUUUACCAGAGAUACACAUUGCUCUUGUCAUAGAAUCCACCCUUGUGUGCUUUUGAAAGAAAAUAAAAGUAAUCAAAGUAGUGUGUAGACUAAGGAAGUAGUGUGAUGAUUGAAAGUCGAAGAUGUUGCUAUCAAAAUGAAUGAUUCAUGAAUGAUUUUUCUUCCAUAUGAUAAUAGUGAUGCUAGCUAAUUCCUUUCUCUAGUCUUGUAGGAACCAAAUAAUUGCUCACCAUAACUUUUAUUCUGUUUUUUUUUCUCAUCUACACACUUUAAAAGACCGCUGGCAGGAGAUGCUGCCUGUUUAAUAAAUGUUAAAUUAAUGCCUGUUUUAUGUGCAAUGUUUUAUUUAUUAUCAUUAUUUGUAAAGUGCCAACCUUUACAACAAUAUAAUGUAUGCAUGUUAUUUAAAUGUGAAUUAUUUAAAUAUGUUCUUUCAUUAACCCAGAUAUAAAUAUAUAUAUAUAUAUGUAUAUAUCAAAUUUAGUUCAAUAAAAUGGCUUCAUUUGUUAUUGUUAGCACGACACACUCCACAGCAUUUUUACAUUACACUAUGCUGUCCAUCCAUGGGUAUCAUCAGUCAGUCCUCCUAACACAAUUGCUUGUUCUGUAUACCCUGAAGCCAGAAAACAGUACCAUCUAUAAUCAAACUUUGUCUUAAAAGGUUGGUGAAUCAAACUCUGAUUAUUUAUUUACUGGGAUUCACUUUGAUUAGGGUGCAAUAGUUUAUAUUUAAAUAUAAUAUAUAACGGCUGUAAAGCUGCUGUUUAUCCACUGGUCUUUAAGUUUAUAGGCUCAUUUAAAUUAAUACUCUUAGCACCAAGCAGCACCAAAGCAGGGGAUGAUCCAUACACCAAAACCACUUAAUUAUGGAGCUUAGCAAAAGCAAUGCAAAAACAAAAUAUAGCCCCCAAAGCCCUACAUAUAUCUCCAUUUGGUACAUUACCCUCCAGAGAAACACAUUUCAGUCCUCAAUUCUAUAUGUCUGCAUCUAAAUGUAAAUGUCAUGUAAAUAGACUGAAUAUGAUGAAGAAUAAAGUGCAAAGUCGAUUAACCAUCUUAAUUUAUUUGUUCAUGCCUAAUUUUACAGGAAUUACUUUAGAGUUCUCAUAAUGGCAUACAUUAGCAAUUACUGGCAAAAUGUAAAAAGGAAUGCCAUGGCACCCUUCCAGCAUAAGAGAACACAUAAUUGAAUAAAUG